GAGGCUCUUCCGGGGGUGGGGGGCAGACUGCUUAGCUCCGCCGCGGAGGUGGACAGUGGCCGCCUGACGACCGACCCACCCGGCCGAGGGCCUGCGGCCAGCAUGGCGUCCGGCGGCGCUCCCGGGCUGAUGCGGCGCUGGCAGCUGCUCCUCAGCGGCGCCGCGCUGUUCCUGCUGUUUUCGGCGGUCGCGGCGCAGGAGUCGUCCGGAGCGGCUUGCUCCCAGAACACAAACAGAACCUGUGAGGAGUGCCUGAAAAAUGUCUCUUGUCUAUGGUGCCACACCAGCAAGGCGUGCUUGGACUACCCCGUGAGCAGGAUCCUGCCGCCCAGCUCCCUCUGUAAGCUGAGCUCCGCACGCUGGGGCGUGUGCUGGGUGAACUUCGAGGCGCUGAUCAUCACGCUGUCGGUGGUGGGGGGAGCCAUGCUCCUGGCCGUGGCCGUGUGCUGCGCCUGCUGCUGCUGCCGCGGGAAGAGGAGCCGCAAGCCGGACAAGAGCGAGGAGAGGGCGGCGCGGGAGCGCGAGGAGCGCCGGAUCCGGCAGGAGGAGAGGAGAGCGGAGAUGAAAUCGAGACACGAUGAGAUCAGGAAAAAAUACGGUUUGUUUAAAGAAGAAAACCCGUAUGCCCGGUUCGAGAACAACUGAGAGCACCGCCCGCCCCCACCCCUGCCGAGGACACAGCACAUGGCCGCCCGUGCCCUGCGAGCUUCUGUCCCCUUCUCUAUAUCUGUUCUCAGUCACUUGAGACACUAAGUCUGUUGGGGGGUGGGGUGGUUUGGUUUGUUGCUAAUGUGAGGAGGAAAGGACAUUCCGUCACUCUUCUCCGUCACUAAGCCACCUGUGGGUGAGCAGCCCACCCCUGCCUUCCGUGCUGAUGGGGGAGGGGGGUGGGGAGGAUGGCACCUGUCCCUUGGCCGCUCCCCUUGAGCCCAGCGGCAUCUCCAGGUGGCUCGCAAACAGCACCAGGGUUCUGCGCACCUUGGGUCUGUGUCGCGUUUUCUUUCUUUUUAAAUAAUUCUUGGAUUUCAUUCUUCCACCUAAAACAUUCCACCAAAAAACUUACUGUCAAAGUUCAGACCACUUAUUGGAUAGUUUUUAAUUUGUAUCUUUACCAGAACAUCAAGAUUUUUUUCCCAGCGGAAGCCUGAAAGCUGCCUCUCUGGCCGACUGCCACCGGAACACCGAGCAUCGGGGUGUGGACAGCCGCGGGGUGUGGACAGGCUGCCACCGCCCUGCUCGCCUUCCUGCCCAGCAGGCUCUGUGUGCGUGAUGCUCCUGCCUGUCAGGCUGGCGGCACCGUGUCACUUGGGGACCCUGGGUUGUCCCGAAAGAGGGAGGGGCCAGGCACCCGCAGGCCCCUCUUUGGGGCUCUGCGCACCGCGGAUGCAGGGUGUCUGCCCGGUGAGAGGGGUUUCCACGUGUUCCUCAAACGAGCCCCAUCCCGGAACCCUGCUCCUGCGGCUGUGUGGGGAGGACUCCUGUGGAGGCCGCAUCUCAGGAGGCUGGCCGUGGCCUCCAGGCUCGCCUCUGUGUGGUUCCAUUCCCGUGAGAUCAAGAUCUAGGACUUCAGGAAACAGACCAAGCGUUUGCUGUCCAGGGCGGCAGCCGAUGAUGACGGGACUGUCAACAGCCUUUCUGAACUCUGAAAACAGGCCCAGGUGCCACAUGGCUUUGGAUUAGGAAGACAUUUGGCUUUGAGAAAGUGGGUGGACAGGAACAUAAAAGGACGUAUUCUGCUUUCACACUUGCGACCCUGCCGUCAGAGCCCGUCCCUCAGGCGUCCGGUGAAGUGCUGCGCCGUCCCGGAAUUCCCACGAGCGGGGAAGCUGACCUCCGCAAACUCUGUCGUCUCACCGACUUCUUGGGCAUUUGAUUGCAGUUUAAAGUACUAUGAUCCGUUCCUAAGUCUCUCAUAGCUGCUUGCAGACUUUGUCUUUCACUGUGUAUUCAUACAAGAAACUUUGUAACCGACUCCGGCAACCCUGCGUUAGCACAGCAGACUCGUAGGCCGCUGAGCCCCCGCUCUCCUACCGUGUAUGUAAUCCCGGCAGGGGGUGCGGAGCCCACAGCAGGGCGCCUCGAGGGCUGUCUCGGUCUAUGCUUUUUUCUGGAACAGGCCUAGAGCAGCCGUAUAUUGUAACCUCAAGGAAACCACGAAGCUCAGAGUGCCUUAGUUUUAACCAGUUUCCAAAAAACAGUUUAAUACACACUUUGUUCAAUACA